ACCAUUUCUUCUUAUGAAUCAUAAAAUAAAAUAAAAAUGGAAAAUAAGAAGCAUUUUCUAGUCCUCAGAGUCCGUACACUCGGCCCUUCUCCCAAAUGUGAAACAAAGAACUCAGAAAGCAGUCUGCAACAUACCUACUUAGAUUUUUACUUUCUUUUCAGCUCCUAUCAAUUACAUUUUUUCUACUAUAGAUUCUCUGGUUCAAUUUUAUGCAAAAAUAACCCCUUUAUCAUUCUUUUCUUCAGAUGCAUUCUUGUACAAAGUCAUUGAUGACAGCUAACUAACAUUGAAAAGUUUGUGAGAGUAAAUAAGCUAUUUGGUAAUUUUUCAAGAUUGUUUUAGAGGACUUCCUAAAAUGUCUGAACCUUGUUGAGAGCUAAGAACGUAGAUAUUUUUUCGAAAGAGGCUAAAGGUGUUCGCUUGGUAUGAUUUUCUUUGUUGGGUUUAUCAAGAUUGUUUGAAAGACAUCGUAAAAUGUCUGAACCAGCAAAGGUUCGUUUGGUUCGUUGCCCAAAGUGUGAAAAUUUACUUCCUGAGCUCACUGAUUAUUCUGUUUACCAGUGUGGUGGUUGUGGUGCUGUUUUACGAGUUACAGCCAAAAAUAAAAAUGGGGAGUUAGAGGAAUUUGCUGGGAAGUCUGAAGAAGAAACUGUGGGAGGAAUUGUGGAGAAUUUUGAUCUUUCAGGGAAGAAACUUAUGAAUAUAGGUGAGGGUUCGGGGUAUGAUGUCAAGUCAAAUACUAGUUCUUCCAGCACAAGGGAGAGGAGGAGGGUUUUGUGCGAUGCGCCUGAAACUUACGAGACCAGUUUUAGGAAUGUUGCUGGUGAUUGGGCUAAUGAGGAUGAGAGGGUGAUGUAUAAGACUAACAUUGAUGAACAAGGUCAAGAAAAUAUGGUCAAUGAGUUUGCUUUUGACUCCCGGAAUGGAAAAGAAAUUGAAACUCGAAGACCAGGCCGAGUUCCAAAUUGGAGAAUUAGGGAGAGAAGUGAGGCUGAGGUUUUGCCCAGGGUUAGAAGAGUUAAUCUUCAAGGUAUGAGGAAUUCAUCCUCCAUUAACUCAGAAGAGGGUCCGUCGGGCUACUGUUCAGGCUCAAAUUAUGAUACUGAUAACAGGUUGUACAGGAACGAUGUGGAUGGGAUCGAUCAGGAUGAACAAAUUCAAGAAAAUAUAGCUAAAGAAUUUGAUCUUUUUGACUCCCAGCAUGGAAAAGAAGUUGAAAUCCGAAGAGCAGGCCGCGUUCCAGAUUGGAGAAGUAAGGAGAAUUCUGAGGCAGAGGUGUUGCCCAGGGCUAGAAGAGUUGAUCUUGAAGGUAUGAGGUAUGCGUCCUCCAUUAACUCAGAAGAGGGUCCUUCUGGCUACUGGUCAGGUUCAAAUUAUGAUAAUGAUAAGAGGUUGUAUAGGAAGGAUGUGGAUGGGUUCAAUCAGGUUGAUCGUCCCGUUGAUGAGCGCGCAGAGCUUUUGAGAAAGUUUGAUGAGCUAAAAGAACAGCUCAAUCGGUUUGGUGAUGUGCCUGAGAAGCCUAACGAAAGAGUCCCACUUGAAAGGAGGAUGGCUCAUCAUGGAAAUCCCUAUGAUCUGUUUCCUCAAAGCUCUACAAGGAUCAUGAAUAGAGCUUCGGCACAAAAUCCUGUAUCUGGUGAAAGACCUCCCUAUCUGAACCACUACAAUGCGCCCUCGCCUUUUAUGAAUACAGCUGGUGGUGGAUUUUAUCCUCCUAGAGACCAUAUCCAGGGAUAUGGAGGUCCUCCCAGGUCCCAGUUGUUUAGUGGAGAUCCAUACCAAACCCCGGAUCCAUUUCAAUUGCAGCCAUCUCAUGGCCAUUUUCCUGGGCGCUCAAUGGACAAUGAAAUCCCACCUACGGAUCCUUUUCGACCUUACCAGCCUCAGACUAAUCCUCAUCAUUCAUCUUGCAGUUGUUUUCAUUGCUGCAAUGUAAAUCAAAUCCGUAGUCGAGGUCCACCCACUGGUUUUGGUGAUAAAAGGUUCUCUGACAUUCCCCAGAAACCAAUGUUCUACCGUCAUCAAAAUAGUGGUGCAUUUGGUAAGCAAGAUUAUAAUCCUCGAAAUGCCAAUUCUCUUCCAUCAAAGCCGCAAAAUUCUCUAUCACAAAUGACUCAUUCUGGUGAUAUGAACUCUGCAGCGGGUGGUUAUGCUCGUCAACAUCCUCCCAGGGUGCAGCCUAGUGGACAACAAUGCCGCCCUGUGGCUGGCGGAGCCCCAUUUUUGACGUGCUACAAUUGUUUUGAGUUGCUGCAAUUGCCUAAGGAAGUUUUUCGUGGAGGUAAAAGGCGAAAAAUGAAAUGUGGGGCAUGUUCUACAGUUAUGGUUAUUGCAGUUUUAGACAAUAGACUUGCUAUUUCUAUUGAAGAACGAGUGGAUAAAAGCACUGACAAGAUGGAUCAUCAGCAUAGAGUCAUGUUGAAUGAAGGGAAUCCAUACUCCAAUGCACAUACAAACCGUCCUAGCAUGACCUUCUCUUCUGAAGAUUACGAUACUUCUAGAUAUGAUUUCCAUGCAAUGGAUCAAGAACUCAGGUCACUGUCAACAGGCCGUGGAAGUUCCAUUAAAUCUGCCGAGAUGAGAAGCCUUGGUUCUACAUCUUCCCGGAGUUCAAGGGAAGAGGACAACCUCAUUAAUGCUGCUGCAACAAUGGAAAAGUCUGACUCUGUGCUGCCAAUGAAGGGUAAAGAAUCUCCACCACCAGCUGGUUCACCACUGCAAGAAUACUUUGAGUAUUCUAACAAAUUUCAUGUAGCCAACCGCCUGGAUCAUGGAAACAGAAGUGUGCGCUCUGAUGCAGAGAAGCUGAUGCAGAAAAAGACUACUUUACAGCAAAACUCCGCUAAAGAUACAGCUGUAGCAACUGAGAUGGACAUACCAUCCAAUGAGUAUGGUAACACCGGUUCGUCUUUAGAGUCCGGUGGAUCUAGUAAAGAAGGAGACCAACUGAAAGCUACUAAAGAAUCAUUUUUCUCUGGCAUCAUAAAGAAGAGCUUUAAAGAAUUCAGCCGAUCCGAUCAUUCCGCGGAGGAGGAAAAAGCCAAUACUACAGUUAACGGGCAUCUUAUACCAGAUCGGUUGAUUAAAAAGGCAGAAAAGCGUGCUGGACGGAUACAACCUGGACAUUACUGGUAUGACUUUCGAGCUGGAUUCUGGGGAGUAACUGGUGGUCCUUGUCUGGGCAUUAUCCCUCCAUUCAUUGAAGAAUUCAAUUAUCCCAUGCCUGAGAAAUGUGCUGGUGGAAAUACUGGAGUAUUUGUGAACGGGAGAGAGCUUCACCCAAAGGAUCUGAAAUUACUUUCGAGUAGAGGUCUCCCAGCCGAGAGAGACAGAUCUUAUAUUAUUGAAAUUUCUGGCAGAGUCCUUGAUGAGGACUCUGGUGAAGAGUUGGAGAGCCUGGGCAAACUUGCUCCGACUGUUGAGAAAGCAAAGCAUGGCUUCGGCAUGAGACUUCCAAAGGUAGCAGCAUAACUAUCAGGAAAAAGAGUUUGGCCUUAUUAGGUUGCUUACAGUAUAGAGAGCUGUAGUGCCUGGCAGGAGAAUGUUAGUUAUUGCAAAUGAGACAUGUAAAAUGGAACUAGAUGAGUUUUAUUUUGUCUUGUGCCCAGUAAAAAUGUGUCCUACAGAUUCUAUAUACUACUUUUUUUCUCUGUCAAUGUUUGUAUAUUCAUCAAAAAGUAGCAGCUGUGUGCCCUUCUAGAGUAGUUAAGAGAGUUUGCCUGGUUAUCGAAUCACGGCUAUUGUUGUGGAAAUAUUGUGCCAACUCCUUUGCGUUGUUAGCUUUCUAGCUUUUAGUGCAGAAUGUUUUUCUAAUUUGUAUUUCUGUUUAAAUUACAGCAAGGUAUUUAUACCAAAUUCUUUCGAGCAA